CAGCCUCUCGCCGCCCGCCGCCCGCCGCGCCCCGACCAUGUCAGCCACCGGCCUGGGCCCCGUCUGCUGCGCCUUGGCGCUCCUGCUCGCCCUCUGCAGCCGGCCCGCCUCCGGCCGAGACUGCAGCGCCCCGUGCCAGUGCCCUGCCGGCCCCGAGCCGCGCUGCCCCGCCGGCGUCAGCUUGGUGCUGGACGGCUGCGGCUGCUGCCGCGUGUGCGCCAAGCAGCUGAGCGAGCUGUGUACCGAGCGCGACCCCUGCGACCCGCACAAGGGCCUCUUCUGCGACUUCGGCUCCCCGGCCAACCGCAAGAUCGGCGUGUGCACCGCUAAAGAUGGUGCCCCCUGCGUCUUCGGAGGAACUGUGUACCGGAGCGGAGAGUCCUUCCAGAGCAGCUGCAAAUACCGGUGCACGUGUCUGGACGGGGCGGUGGGCUGCGUGCCCCUGUGCGGCAUGGACGUCCGCCUGCCCAGCCCCAACUGCCCCUUCCCGCGGAGGGUCAAGCUGCCCGGGAAGUGCUGCGAGGAGUGGGUGUGUGACGAGCCCAAGGAGCACACGGUGGUCGGCCCUGCCCUCGCAGCUUACCGGCCGGAAGACACGUUUGGCCCAGACCCAACCAUGCUCCGAGCCAACUGCCUGGUCCAGACCACAGAGUGGAGCGCCUGUUCCAAGACCUGCGGAAUGGGCAUCUCCACCCGCGUUACCAAUGACAACGCCUUGUGCAGGCUAGAGAAGCAGAGCCGCCUCUGCAUGGUCAGGCCUUGCGAAGCUGACCUGGAGGAGAACAUUAAGAAAGGCAAAAAGUGCAUCCGGACCCCCAAAAUCUCCAAGCCUAUCAAGUUUGAGCUCUCUGGCUGCACCAGCGUGAAGACAUACCGAGCCAAGUUCUGCGGAGUGUGCACAGACGGGCGGUGUUGCACCCCGCACAGAACCACCACCCUUCCCGUGGACUUCAAGUGUCCUGAUGGGGAGGUCAUGAAGAAGAGCAUGAUGUUCAUCAAGACCUGUGCCUGCCAUUACAACUGCCCCGGAGACAAUGACAUCUUCGAGUCACUGUACUACAGGAAGAUGUACGGAGACAUGGCCUAAAGCCAGAGACAGUGAGACACCUGACCAUUUUAGGCCGGCACUUGAAUCGAUUCACAUCUCAUUUUUGUGUACACAUGAUUUCAGUGGCACGAGGUAUUUAAAUCUGUGCUUCUAACUGGGGAAAAGAAAAAUUCCCACCAAAUUCAAAAUACUGUGCCAUGUGAUAUCCAAACGAAUAGUCCGUCAACCCCAGACACUGGUUUGAAGAAAUUGAGACUUGACCAUAGGACUGUAUUAGUGCACAGCGCCAGCAUGUAUGCUAGGAGCAGUGGGAGGAGGCCAGUAGAAAGCCUUGUCAUCUUUAGGAGUAGUGAUGUGACUGCUAUUUGGAGUGUCACUGAAAAGGAAAACUUUAGCAUGCUCACUGACCUGCCUAUAGCUCCAGCGACAGCUUGGAUGUGCGUUCUCCAGCCAUCAUGAGGCUGAGUCAAGUUCGUCUUUAAGUCAGAACAGCAGAUUCAGCUAUGACAUUCUGAUUUGAUGACAUUGUUCAGGAAUCAGAAUUCUAUUAGACUGGACAGCUUGUGGCAAGCUAAUUUGCCUGUAACAAGCCAGAUUUUUUUAUUGAUACUGUAAAUAUUGUGUGUGUAUAUAUAUAUAUAUUUGUACAGUUAUCUAAGUUAAUUUAAAGUUGUUUGUGCCUUUUUGUUUAUGUUUUUAAUGCUUUGAUAUUUCAAGUGUUAGCCUCAAUUCUGAACACCAUAGAUAGGAUGGAAAGCUUGUCUGAUAAUUCAAAGCAUGCAAUGGAUAUUCAAAUAGAAAUUCUGGGCAGUUGGAGCAACAGUCCAUCCAAACAGGUUGUUUGCUGAAGGUGAGGCAGUGAUGUCCUUCAAAGUCUGAUCUGUAGGUUGGAAACACGGUAGCCUCACUUUUAACGAACAAAUGAGCUUUAUUAAAAACGAGUGGCUCUGUAUAGCUGAUUGGUUUUUCCACCUGGAAGCAUUUGUCUCUACUUUGACUAUGACUGUUUUUUGGACAGUUUAUUUGUUGAGAGUGUGACCAAAAGUUACAUGUUUGCACCUUUCUAGUUGAAAAUAAAGUAUAUAUUUUUUCUAUAAA